AUGCUAAAGUCCAACCACAACGAGGUGGCCAGGAUGGAGAAGGCACAAUCACCAAAGAUAGCCAAGGGCAUCCGCGCCGGGAAGACAGGCACCGUCAUUCUGCCGAAAAGCGGCCCUAAACGGUUCACGAGAGCUGACCUUCAGAAGCAUCAGCCGGUGAAGAUGAUCAUGACGGAUAUGGACGGCACAUUCCUGAACUCUUAUCAUAGCGCGUCGAAGCCCAACGUGGAAGCUUUCGCGAGUCUCAAGAACCACGGCAUUAUCGGCGUCAUUGCAACUGGCCGGCCUCGACAGAGCGUCAUCAGCGGAAUUGGUCUAGAGACUUUCCAGCGUAUGAUGAACAACCAAGCCGGUCCAGGCAUCUUCAUGAACGGCAGUGUUGUCUACGGUCCUGAAGGCGAGAUUCUCUUUGAGAAGCACAUCGAAGCCGAUGCACUGCGACGUGUCCUGGCCACUUUGGAGAGGCUUGGUUGGAGAAAUAGAGUGUGCGGUUAUAACUCGCAAGGCAUCUACUGUGAAGAAAAGAACACGGUCAACUGGCGGCUGCACCUCGAGUAUGGAGAGCCUGAACCAUUACUCAUUCCACGAGGAACCCUCGACGAUAUGAAGUUCAGCAAACUGAUCGUCAAUGGAACAGACACCGAAAUCGACAUCCUUAGGCCAGCAUUGGAAUGUGAGCUACCAGCAGACGCUACGAGCGUACGGCCGCUAACAUGGAAUCUGGAAGUCAUUCCGAAGGGCAUAUCGAAGGCUACAGGAAUGAACGUGCUGCUCAGUCAUUUUGGCCUCUCCAAAGAGAAUGUCCUCACAAUGGGAGAUAGCGAGAACGACAUCGAGAUGUUCCGCGCAGCAGGAGUUUCCGUCGCGGUAACCAACGCCAGUAGUAUUGCGAAAGAAGCCGCGCAGUACGCUACUGUCUCAAAUGACGAGCACGCCUUCGCGGUCGUCACAAGAGCUAUUUGUAAUACCCUGCAAGAGGCGCAGUCCCCUUUCAACCUGUAG